UUGUUUUGGUAGUAGGUGGAAUAGUCAAAAACGAAAGAAGAUAUUUCGAAGUAGACAUGGAAAUUCAAAAACCAAAACAUACCAGAAGAAAGGACCGUAGUAGAAAAAAAUCAACAGCUCUAGAUACUGAAAUACCAGACACAUCAGCACAGGAUGAGUUUGACAUACCUAGUUCAUCUUCAGAUUGCACAGAAAUUGUGUCAACAUCCUAUUCGUGCUCUCAGAUAGCAAGCAAUAUUGAAAAUGAACUGCUUGAUGCCGUUAAAGAUGUUAGAAACUCAGAUGUUGAAGAUCACGAUGUAGAUAGCAUUGAAAGUUUAAGCGACAGGAUUGAAUUCUCUAAUUCCGAAACUUGUGAUAACUUGGAAUGGAGUGCUUCCGAUCAUUCUGUGAGUAAUAUGCCGGUGUCAGUCGACACAGAAAUGAAAGAAAUCCAUUCAAACACAUUUUUAGUGAAUGGCUGUGUCGAGUUGGAAGCAGACACUCGGUUAGAGUCACCCAGGCGAUUUAUAAACGAUUCUGCUAAAUCUAAAGUAGAAUUAAAUGUGGAAAAAGAUAGUACGGCAUCAGUAAAAGACAAAGUGUCAAAUGAUGAAUUGGAAGAGAAAACAAUUACACCAAAAGAACAAUCAGAAGCAGCUCACGUGAACAAGAAGUCACAAGAGUCCACGAGAACGGUGCUAGCAGACUGUAAAGUGAAGGAGGUAGUAGUAGAUGAAAUUAAACCAUUCUCAGAAGCACAGCUGUGGUCGCUGUACAGUAACGGGGAACUGGAGCGAUCGGAGGAGUUUGUGCGUGAGUUCGUGGAGCACCACCUGAGCGGGGGCUACCAGAACCACCGGCUGUACGAGCUGCUGGUGAACUACCUGCGAGCCCGCACGAGGCUCACGGCCGACGCUGCGACCCUGCAGGGGCUCCAGAAGGACUGCCGCAACCACCAGGGGGUGCUGUGGACCAUCGAGAGGACGGUGGUGACGGAGAGCGGGGAGUGCCAGGACGGCAACCCCGUCUCGGCCUCCCACGAGCACAAGGUGUCGCACUUCGACGAGCGGGCGUGCGCGGCCCUGGCCGGGUCCCUGGGCAGCGUCAGGGACCUGGUGAACGAGACGCACUCCCUCGACAGCUACACGGCGGAGGUCCUGCGCCUGCGCCUGGAGCAGUACGUGCACGACGUGUGCGCCGGCUGCUCGCCCCGGGCUCCGGGGGACCUGGCGGCCCGCACGCAGGAGCUGCGCGCGUGCGUCUCCGUGCUGUUCUGCUUCCAGCGCCGCCACGUGCGGGACGAGCAGUUCGUGGGCGACACGCGGGCCUGGCUGCUGGGGCUGGUGGCCGUGCUACUGGGCCUGGCCAGCUGGAAGGACCACCUGUACGUGCUGAACCACGUGCUGCGCUGCCCGGCCGGCGUCGCCUCCUGGGCGGCCGGCCUGGUCCAGGUGCCCGCCCCGCCCCCCCUCUCCCAGCAGCACGGCGCGUCCGUGUUCGCCGACCAUCGCCUCGGCCACAUGCUGGCCGUCCUGGCCACGCUGCUCAUGCCCGUCAGGGAGAGGGAGAAGUUCCUGCAGCAGGUGCACAUGGGCACUCAAGACAGUGACGACGACAGCUUUUGGGUGCUGGUUGACUCGGAUGGCGAGGAGGACGAGGAGACAAGCAAGUCUGGCUGCACUUUGCUCAAGGAGAACGAUCUGGUGGCGAUCCUAAAUCAGAUUCCCAUUGACAGCUUGUUCAGACACGUGCUGCUCGUAGAUCGAAGAGAUGACAGGGACGUCUAUGACGACGGCCUGGUGACGGAGAGCCACGUGCUGCGCUUGUUUGCCUUCGCCAGCGUGCUGGUGCGCGUCCUGGGGCGAGGGCUGCAGACGUACGGCAUCCCGCGCUACCGCCAGUUCGCCAAGCGGCUGGGGCGCCUCAUCCGCCACGCCGUGCAGUACGUCUCCGACCAGUGGCUGAGCCUGCGGAAUUCUGGGCACGUGGUGGACGGGGCCAUGUUGAGGCGGCUGCAGGUGGAAUACGAUGCGUUCCUUCUGCGGGCCACGCAGGGCAUAUUCUCGUCCCAGCGCCUCGGGGCCUGGCAGUUCCUGGCCGUCAUCCCGUACAACCUGGUCUCCAUCAACGCCCUGUGGAGGCUGUUCUACACCCUGCACAAGGACGGUGCCGAGAAGGAGUGUUUGCCGGACGAUGCUGCCCCGGAUACGGGCUGGGAAGAGCUGGUGUGGUCGUGUGAGUUGCGGCAGCAGUUUGAGGAGAAGUUGGCAGCAAUGCCGGAAGCAGAGUCCUUCUACCUGCUGACCACGUUUGCCAACAUGGCAUUGGCAAGGGGCAAUGCCGAUGAAGACUUCAUCCGAGUGGUCACGCUGGAUUUAUUCCAGACUGGGUUCCUGAGCUCAGCCACUCAGGAGAGUUGCUCCAAGUCAGCCAGAAUGCUGUUGGUCAGCAUCACAACCAGACAUCCACAUCUGCUGUCAGACAUCCUGGGCAAGCUGAAGGAGAACAUACAACUUGCUGGCAAGCUGAGCCUGUACCUGUUCAGAGAGCUGCCGCUGCGACUGUGGGUGCCCAGGGACCAGGACCUCGACACCCUCUCCGCCUGGCUGCUGGAGUCGCCCCUUGCCUCCACGGAGAGCGGCCUGGCUCGCCUGGUGCUGGCCAGUCUGGACUGGGGCUGCGACGGGCAUCGCCUCGUGCUGCCCCUCCGCCUGCACCGCCGAGUGGCGCUGCUCGUCGUCCGGGCCGCCCUCCAGUUCGUGCCCGACACAUCCGGCAAUGCCCUCUUCUCCGAGGGCGUCAAGCAGGUGUCGAGCUACGCCACGUCAAUGCUGUACGCCCAGUCGAGUGAACAAGUGUUCAGCGCGUGGGCCUGGGAGAUGAUCUCACGACUGCGACUCCACGUAUUGGACCAGCCUGACCACGUGGUCUGGACGACCAUGGCUAGUCCCAGCGAGGCAAUGCGGGAUGUGCCGGAUAUGGACAGCAGUUCAGAGCUGGAAGUGCUGGCGGAGGGCGUGAGGAACAAGCAGCCCAUCGCCUGCUACGCUGCAGUGCUGAUGUCCACGUGGGGGCACAGCAUCCCUCUGAUCUGCACCAAGGGCCUGAACCAGCUGCAGCUGCUGCUGUGCUUCUACAAGUACGACGCCGUGCUGGGGGUGCUGCACCGCAUCGUGCCCCUCUUCCUCUGCUGCGAGGAGUCCCUGCUCGGCUGCGACAGGUUCUUAUCAGUGCUCAUCUCCCUCCUGACGGCUGACAAGACCUACAUGAAGAUGGCCAAGAGUCUGAUCGUGCAGGAGUUCCCAGGGGCGGUGCUGCUGCGACUGGGGCAGCUGGUAGAGUCCCAUUGCGCGAACCACCGCAAGUACAGCCUGCCCGACCCGGGGGCGUUUGUGCGCCUGUGGAUGGCAGCUGUGACCAUGGUCCCGGAGUGGACCCGAGAGUCCAGCGUCGUGUACCUCCUCGACGUGUUGUUCCGCGCAGCUUUCUUCCACCCCAGCGUCAAGGAGAUGGUUCUGCUACAGUUGACUAAAAUACAUCAGAGCACGGCGGGGCCCCGCCACGGCAGCUCGCUGUCCACCCUCAUGAGCUGGGUGGCCCUGGGGUCGGGGCAGACCCCCACGCUGCUGCCGCGCGCCUCCAGCCCCGAGUGCCCCUGGUUCGCCUGCCACGUGCUGGAGGUGGAGCAGGCGCUGCAGGAGAGGUCCGGGCUGUGGCCGGCGCUGCUGCGGGAGCUGGCUGCCUCCUCGGGCAAGCCCAGCGUCGACCAGUCCCUCAAGAAAGCAAGCCAGGCCGCGAAGGUGCCGUGCCCUCCGUCUGCCAGCCUGAGCAUCUACCGCUGGGCGCAUCAGGCCCUCGACACCCCACUGGACCACCCCCUCCUCCCGCUCGUCUGGCAGAGGUUCUUCGCGCUGUACCUCGCCAGGGUGCCUUCUAGCUCGGGGGUCGACAAGGGAGGUGUGGGGGACAAGUUCUUUGACGGGAUGAUCAACCUGAGCUUCCACAAGAAGCUGAAGAAGAGGCUGCAGGACGCGACGGAGCACUUCCAGGCCAGGAGCCGUGCGGGGGAGGAGCAGGCGGACGGACAGGAGGUCGUCGAGGGAAAGGUCGAGCAGCAAGUCUCCGGCAAAGAUUUCUGGGAAAAGUGCUGUAGGUUGAUGAGGACGUUCAGUUUGUGGUUGGAGGAGCCACGACUCCACGAGCCGAACUUGUUCUUGCCGGCUUUGCCACCUCAGUACGACAGUAGCAAGUUGGCUGCAAUUCUUCGAGGAGACAAGGCCCCGUGGCUGGAGUACCUGGACCGCGGCAAGGUUCGGGAGAGCCAGCAGCGGAGUGUGCACGAGUGGGAAGUGGCUCACUUCCGGACCCGCAUCCACGACGCGCAGGGCGUGCCCCCCGUGGACCCUGAAGAGGGCGAGGAUCCCCGACAGAGGAUACUGAAGAGGCUUCAGUCGUACGACUGUCCCGUGCAACCGCCGCCCGUACGUUCAUUGAAGCCUGUGGUGCCACCUAUUCCUCGAGACAUGUUGCUCAACAAGGGGGCAGUGCUGGAUUUGCUCAAGCCCUGUUUCAAAUCUCUCCUAGAAUACGCUCAGAUCUACUCGAUCCGGGUGUCGGAGCACUUGGCGCUGGACUGCAGCUUCCUUGAGCUGCUGCCCCAGCUGUACCGCGACGUGGAGUUCGAGGUGGUUCUGCACGCGGCCUGCGACAGCGAGCCCCACGGGGCGGCUCGCCGGCCCUCCACCAUCACCUGUGCCGGGCCGGCCGCCAUACGCUUGAAGGUGUGCGAGGCGACGGUGAACGAAGGCACGGAGCACUUGAUGCAGCAGAACAGGGCAGAGUACGAGACACUGCUCCAGAGAGCCAUGCAGGCUCCGCCACAGAAGGUGUGCGCAGGGAGCGUGGUGGUCGAGCACCUCAUCACUCUUCUGGAGGCAGAGUUGGAAAGUAGCCGAAGCAGUGACAGUAGGAAUGUGGUGAGGAAGCUUCAUGAGGUGGGGGUGACAUUGUUCUACCACAUAGUGUCCCUGUACACAGAAGAGCCUGCAUUUUACCCAGCGACCAAACAACUUCUCACCACUUGCAUAGAACGUUUAGGACAGGUGUUCGUGAGCGGGCAGGAGGGCGAGUGCCUGCGGCUCCUGGCCACCGUGACGCAGCAGCCGAGCCUGGCCGGUCUGCUGGGACCCCACUUCACGCCCACCGUCGCCGGCACCAUCACCUUCCUGCAGCUGUACGCCCUCGUCGUCGACACUGCCUGCCAGAAGGCCCUCCCGGAGCUCUGCUUCGUGCUGCUGUCCAAGUUUGAUGUUGCGCGGUGGUUGAUUUUGCGCCGACCACGACUCAGUGAGCGGUCACAGUUCAUCGAGCUAGUGGGUAAAGCUCUCUCCUUUGCUGGUGUCAGUCCUGAUGACCGCUAUCUCAUGCUGUAUGAGGUGUACCGGAAGCAUCUGAGGUUGAUUCUUCUCCAUGACUUCCCCGAGCACUACGGCGAAGUGCUAAACCUCAUGCUGAAAGCCAGCGAAAACCAGAGCUUCUCCAUCGACAUCUGGUUCGACAUGUUGAACACGCUGAUCGCGGGCAAGGAACCGAUUCAGCGCCGCUUCAGGCCGGGCCUCAAUGUGGGCAAGGUCAAGGAAGAGAUCCGGAAGUAUGCUACUGAGCAGGUGCUGCUUGCUCACGAUGAGCUCCGGGAGACCGUGACCCUGCUGGCGAGCCACUUCCUGAAGGAGCGGCUGCAGUACGGACUCUACGGGCUGUACCCCAAGUACCGACUCUACAUAGAGCCACUCACCAUCUUCUUGGGCAUGAUGGGCCACGCACUCGUCGUCAGCACCCUGCAGAGGGACAGCGGUUCUCUGUCCGACAAACUGUGCGAGCAGCUGUGGCCGUCGCUGAGCAACAUGUUCUCGCCGUGGGUCGCGCCGUACCUCACCAAGAACCUGAAGGAGCCGACUGCAGCGUGGAUACAGCAGCUGGCCGACGAUCGCUCCGUGCUGCUCCCCUGGAUCAUCGCCGACGGCCCGCACGCUCACCGGGCGUUCGCCAUGUUCACCGAGUGCAUCCGCUUCAUCGUCGACACCCUGCCGGCUUGCAGCAACAUCCUGUGCUUUGUGUGGCAGUACUACGUGUCGUGUUAUGCCUACCCAUCAGUCAAGGAUUAUGUGCUGAACGUUGUCCAUGCCAAUCUCCUGUCGCUGCCCUGGGAUCGCUUCUGGCCUAGCAUACAGGACAUUGAGUGCAUGCUGAAGGUGGUGGACCAGUACCUGCCCGACUGCCACGCCUUCCUGGGCAGCGUCUUCAUCGAGGUGCCGUGGUGGACGUGGGUGGGCCACGUGCUCACCGCGCACCCUGCGACCGUGACCGCCCGCACGCACGUCUGCCUGCUGCACCUCCUCGUCAAGCUGGCCAACGAGCCCAGCGUCAGGCAGUCACCCAAGAUCACGGUGCUGCUGCUGGAAGCACAGAAGUUUGCCUGGCACCUGGUGGAUGCGGCCAGCUACGACCAAGUGGUGAACUGGUGCGUGAUGAGCUGCGACCCGCGCGUCAUCCUGACGCUGGACGAGGACACUGGGCCUGUGGAUGUCUACACACUGCAAUUGUUGCAGGUUGUUGCAGCUUAUACACCAAGUGUGACUAACUUCCACCAGACGACCCUCCGCAAGAGACAGGUGUUUGUCCGUGCCUGCGUGAAGCUGAUAGUGUCGUGUGCGAGCCGGUAUAAGGCACUGCUCUCGAAGAAGGAGCUGGCGUUCCAGGCGGCUGUCCGCAAGCUGUUGGAUGACGUGGAGAUUGUCGUCACUGCCAGCGUGCCGGCCCAGCAGCAGGCGGCGGAGGCGGGACUGCUGCUGGCGGAAGUGAUGGCGGCGGUGAACCAGCCCGCGGGCAGCGCCGUGUCCUUGCUGGCCGUGGGCUGCUGCGCCAAGUGGCUGGGCUCGCGCGACUGCUCCAGCGUCGCCGUGCGAGGCGUGCUGCGCGUGGCCCCCACCACCGUGGCCCACCCCGACCACCUGGGCUGCCUGCUGGAGACGGCGCUCACCAGCUUCUUCAAGCACACUGUGUCCCAGGGCCAGGCCCCCGAGUGGCGGCACGUGAGCGCGGUGUACCAGGCGUGCCUGCCCCAGCAGCCCCCGGUGGAGGACAGCUUCGUGGCCCACGGCCACGUGCUCAGCCUGUACGCCCAGCUGCUCAAGAGACUGCCGUCGUGCCGCGACAUCGGGGAGGAGGGCUCGGUGCUCGUCACGCUCGUCGACUGGCUGGAGGCCAUCAAGCCAACGGAGAGCACGGAGGCCAAGCUGCCCCUCCUGUGGGGGAAGAUUCUGACGCUGUGUUUCCGUCAGUACGAGUACUCGGGCAGUGCGGAGCUGGCGUCACGCUCGCUCAACAGGCUCAUGCAGUACCUCCUGAUCCUGGCCGAGGACAAGGCCAUCGGGCCCUGGGGCAUCCUCGGGGCCAUCGGUCUGCGGAAACAGUCCCCGGUCUCCAGGAGAUGCCGGAUGCUGUGUCGAGCUAUGGCUGCGUACAUCUUGGCUCAGUUCCAGGAGAGUGACGACAUCAAGAUUAGAACAACUCCAAAUGCUCCCGAAGCUGUCUCAUACACGCCAUCUGAUAAUAGGGGGGAGUUGGCCAGCCUGCUGACACACCCCGAGGUACACAAGGCGCUGGCCGCCAUGGAGGCUCUCACCGCCACGAAGCAGUACCAGGAGUUCAAGAGCUUCGUGGAGGCUGCCACACAGUGUGUGGUGGACCCCAACAACUCGUUGCACAACGCGACCGAAGUUCUGGGAGCGCUGUGCUCGCAGCUCUACCAGCAGCAGUAUCUUCUCGUGCUCAAGGCAUAGAGCACAGAGCAGCUCUAAGUGAAACAAGCAUUAUGAUUCUUGUUCUUGUGCUGAUUUAUAUUUCCGGACAUGUUAAGUAACUGUUACUGAAGAGUUCAGAAAUUGAGUGAAUAUUGCCUUACUUAAUAUAAAUGCAUUGAAGAAAUUUUUUAUUUAACCAUUGGAGGUUCAAAAAAAUAACUGCACGGACCUGAAAGCGAUAGACGCUUUGAUUGCUGCUUGUGCAGACUACCAGUUUUUAGCCUACAUUUACAGAAACAAAGGUCUUUUUUUUUAUUAUUUUCAAACAGUUGAAGGUUAACUAUUAACAUCUUUUCCUUCAACCAUGAGCUGCAGCUUUGUGUGAUAGUGGGUUUUUGCUGUUGCACAUGUAUAUUGUGUAAGUAGUUCCUUAAAAACAGUCAGGAAGUGAUAGUAGUUUCAGUUUUCAAAACUUGUACCAGUUAUUAGAUAUUUCACUUGCAGCUGAUAAUAGUUAGAGAUUUUGGGCACCAAGUUUGAAAAUCUAUGCUUAAUACAGCAAAACCCCUUAUUUGCACUUUUCAUGGGGACAAAGUAAAAAAGUGUAAAAAGCGGGAAAGUGUAAAUAAAGGGAAAAGUAUAAAAAGGAGUACAGUUUACCUUAUUUAGAAUUUUUUUCCUUUUGUUUAAUAGCACAUACUACAAUGCAGGUACAAACACACUAACAACAAAUUUUACUUUAGUAUUUAAUCAAUUAUUAAUUUACCACAUUUGACAAAAAUAAAAAAAGAAUGAAAGCCAAAAUGUUUUUCUGAUUACUUCCUAAAAAAUAAAUUUGAAAUUUUCUUCUGCUUGCUUUUUAGGCUGUUCAAGGAGAUUAUUUGCCUCUCCAAAUUAUAAAUACAGUUGCAACCGGCAGGGUUUAUAACAAAUACGGGCUACAUACACAUUGCUCACAGUAAAAAAAUUUUUAAGAAAAGGCCGCAAAUUGAUGAAUAUUUACCGUCAAUAGCGCGCCAAACGCGGAGAAAGGUCAUUGUACUCGGUCAGCUGCUGUAACGACGCGGCGGCGCAUGCGCACUCUAUGCUCCGCCCAGACUCAUGACGCCAUCAGCCGCCAACCAAUAGAUAUGAGCUUAGCGGAAAAAAAUAUAAGCUCCACCUCCCGUGUACCAAUUUUAUCCAGUUCUAAUACCAGUUUAUUGGUAUACGCACCAGUUUUCUCGCUGCCGUGACAUGUUCAAGUUUACGUUUAUCAUGAUGUCUUGAUACCAAUAAUUAAUUAUUUACGAUCCCCAGAAAUAAAUGGUUAGUUUAAAAAAUAUGGCGUCAACUGUACAAUACUUCCCAAAUUAUAAAAGACGUAUAAAACAGUUACCAAGACACCGCUCAUUUUAUCUUGUGAAGUUUAUGUCUCGUACCAGUAUUUCGGCUAAGUUGUGACAUAAAUACAGUAUCAGAACUUACAAGCAGCCAUGUUUGUACAUUCAUGAGUUUACGUUUUUCCCUCGUGCAUUUUAGAUUGUCUCCUGCUAUAAUUACUCGUACUUUUACACGCCUAGGCUUAAAUUAUUACAUGUUUAGAAAUAAAAGCAACUUUUCAUGUUAUAAAAUAUGUAUAUUUUGCUAUUUAAAAUGUUCAUUGCCUACUAGCUCCACGGUAUUUUCUGGUUGUUUAUGGUUGUUACGUGACGUAAAUAGCGGGAUUGAUUCGAUUUUUGAGACGUAAUUCGCGGGAAAGUAUUGUAUUGGACUAUAUGGGAACCAAACGGGACCUGAAGAAUAUAGUGCAAAUAACGGGAAAACGUAAAUAACGGUAACGUAAAUAAGGGGUUUCGCUGUAAUUGUUUUUUACACAUGAAAUGAGUGUAGUUUUUAGUUUUGUGUAAAUAUGUUUUGUACAGAAUAUAGUUUACUGUAAUUAAUGUUCCUGUGAGUAAAUUUAUUUUUAAUAAUUUUGUAAUUUUAAUUUUAGAUGUUUUGUAAAUAUGUUGAUAAACAUUAUUAAUAUACAUUUAUUGUAAAUGUGAAAGGUUUUACUUUUGUUGCAAUAAAAGCACAUAUUUAAAAAAAUGUUUUCG